AAUCUCAGCUUCAUAACUUUCGAUAUCCAAAAAGCUCCCAAUUCUAAAACCCAUUCACUCUAUCCAUCAACUUAUCUACUAUCCCCAACUAUAUUCACGCCCCCCCAUAAGCGAGACGACUCAUACCAAUCGCGAUAUCCAAACCACCAGCCUCACCACCAGCAGUGCAACCUCACACCCGACUCCGUGCAACCACCCAUCCGCCAUCCCCGUAUAACACAACAUAAUACUAAACAAUGGCCGAAUCCACGCCUACCACCAACGGCCAAGCCACAGCAGCCCAUGACAGCAGGGAGUACGCCGAGUACCUGACGGCCCAGGAUCCACUCAAGCACCUCCGCGCUGAGUUCUUCAUCCCCUCCAAGGCGGAUCUGGCGCGUGAGACGCUGCCGGGGAAGGACCUCACCCCUCCAUCACAUGACGACGAAAGCGUCUACCUCUGCGGCAACUCCCUCGGCCUCCAACCGCGUCGCGUCUCCCAGCGUCUCCAGCAAUACCUCUCCACCUGGGCCACGCAGGGCGUACAAGGCCAUUUCAAGGCCCUGACCGAUUCCCCCCUCCCAGCAUGGCUGCACGCCGAUGAUGCGGCGGCGAAGGCUAUGGCGCCGAUUGUGGGCGCGGCGCCGGCGGAGAUCGCGGUGAUGGAGACGUUGACGGCGAAUUUACAUUUUAUUCUUUCGGCGUUUUAUAGGCCGCAGAAGGAGGGGAGACAUAAGAUUAUUAUUGAGAGUAAGGCGUUUCCUAGUGACCACUUCGCGGUGGAAUCCCAAAUCCGCCAUCACAACCUCCACCCCUCCACCUCGAUGAUCACAAUCGAUCCCCCCACCGGCACAUCCUUGCUACCAACCUCCCACAUCCUCGCCACGAUCGAUGAACACGCCUCCACCACCGCUGUCCUGCUGCUGCCGGGAAUCCAGUUUUAUACUGGGCAGUUGCUGGAUAUCAAGACUAUCACUGCUUACGCGCAGGCGAAGGGCAUUUUCGUGGUCUGGGAUCUCGCCCAUGCCGUCGGGAAUGUACCACUGCAGCUGCACGACUGGAACGUCGAUGCUGCGGCGUGGUGUACGUACAAAUACCUUAACUCCGGCCCUGGAGCAAUCGGUGGGAUGUUCGUACACGAGAGAAACAGCCGCGUCACCACCACCACCACCUCUUCAAACGGCGCAACCAACGGCGAAAAGAAGGAGACGGAGGAGAAGGAAUUCCACCCCCGUCUCGCAGGCUGGUGGGGAAGUGAUAAGAAAACGCGUUUUGCGAUGACAAAUGACUUCUCCCCCAUCCCCGGCGCGGGCGGUUUCCAAGUCUCCAACCCCAGCACGAACGACCUGACGACCGUCUGCGCGAGUCUUGAGGUGUUCAACCUAACCAGCAUCGCUGAGCUCCGCAAGAAGAGUUUGGGGCUCACCGCCUACCUCGAAGAUCGUCUCCUCGCACUGCAAAAGAAAUCAGGAGGUUUCAAGAUCAUCACCCCCUCCAACCCGGAGGAGCGCGGCGCACAACUGAGUGUACAGCUCGAAGAGGGACUGUUGGAGGGGGUUAUGGAGGAGUUGGUCAAGGGAGGGGUGAUUGUGGAUGAGAGGAUGCCGGAUGUGAUAAGGGUUGCGCCGGCGCCGAUUUAUAAUAAUGCGGUUGAUGUGUGGAGGUUUAUGGAUGAGUUUGAGAAGGCGUUGGGGAGUGUGAGGGAGGGGAAGGUGGGGGGUGGGGGAGGGGGGGUUGAGAAGGUCGUUACGAAUUGA